CUGCGCAAUUCAGAUCCCAUUGUGAUCCACUAGCCUCUGCCCAGCAACUCCUAUCCCUACCUCCACGCGGCCGGAAACUAUGAGCAACCUUAGGGAAGAUCGGGUAACCAACCCCGGUGGGAACUUUGGUCGUAGGCUGACAGGGAAGGGGGGGGUUUGCUUCGGCAAACCUGAGCGUCUGUUCUCCAGGAGGAGCGGCUCACAACAGCGUCUGAUCCCCAUGUUAGGGGCGGCUGAUCUACGUCCGAGUGCCAGGGAAGGACUCUAAGCUCAACUGUGCACUAUGGUCCUCCGGAAAGUAGGGGGUUGGUGUCAGACCCUACGAGCCAGCCGUAAAAAAAAACAUUGUAACGGAAAAUCAGCAACAGAAUAAUACGAACCGAGACCAACGGCAACGACCCCAGCGAACAAAAAGGACCUGCGAUUGGAAACUCGGUACGUGGAACUGCCGAUCUCUCAACUUCAUUGGGAGCACCCGCAUACUCGCCGAUCUACCGAAGGACCGCGGGUUCGGCAUCGUAGCGCUGCAGGAGGUGUGUUGGACAGGAUCCAUGGUGCGAACGUUUAGAGGUAAUCAUACCAUCUACCAGAGUUGCGGGAACACACGCGAGCUUUCAUCGUGAUGGGUGAUAUGCAGAGGCGCGUGAUCGGUUGGUGGCCGAUCGACGAAAGAAUGUGCAAGUUGAGGAUCAAGGGCCGAUUCUUCAACUUCUGCAUUAUAAACGUGCACAGCCCACACUCCGGAAGUACUGAUGAUGACAAGGACGCAUUUUACGCGCAGCUCGAACGCGAGUACGAUCGCUGCCCAAGCCACGACGUCAAGAUCAUCAUAGGAGAUUUGAACGCUUAGGUAGGCCAGGAGGAGGAAUUCAGACCGACGAUUGGUAAGUUCAGCGCCCACCAGCAGACGAACGAAAACGGCCUACGACUCAUUGAUUUCGCCGCCUCCAAAAAUAUGGCCAUACGUAGCACCUUUUUCCAACACAGCCUCCCUUAUCGUUACACCUGGAGAUCACAACAGCAGACGGAAUCUCAAAUCGACCACGUUCUGAUUGACGGACGGCACUUCUCCGACAUUAUCGACGUCAGGACCUAUCAUGGCGCCAACAUCGCUUCCGACCACUAUCUGGUGAUGGUCAAACUGCGCCCAAAACUCUCCGUCAUCAACAAUGUACGGUACCGGCGACCGCCACGGUACAACCUAGAGCGACUGAAGCAACCGGAUGUCGCCUCUGCAUACGCGCAGAAUCUCGAAGCCGCGUUGCCAGACGAGGGCGAGCUCGAUGAGGCCCCUCUAGAGGACUGCUGGAGUACAGUGAAAGCAGCCAUCAACGACGCAGCCGAGAGCACCAUCGGGUACGUGGAACGGAAUCGACGGAACGAUUGGUCCUGACGUCGAUAAUGUCGGAGAAGUGCCGUCCGUCAAUCAGAACGUGGUCGAUUUGAGAUUCCGUCUGCUGUGGUGUUCUCCAGGUGUAACGAUAAGGGAGGCUGUGUUGGAAAAAGGUGCUACGUAUGGUCAUAUUUUUGGAGGCGGCGAAAUCAAUGAGUCGUAGGCCGUUUUCAUUCGUCUGCUUGUGGAAGCUGAACCUACCAAUCGUCGGUCUGAAUUCCUCUUCCUGGCUUACCUGAGUGUUCAAAUCUCCUAUGAUGAUCUUGACGUCGUGGCUUGGGCAGCGAUCGUACUCGCGUUUGAGCUGCGCGUAAAAUGCGUCCUUGUCAACAUCAGUGCUUCCGGAGUGUGGGCUGUGCACGCUUAAUAUGCUGAAGCUGAAGAAUCGGCCCUUGAUCCUCAACCUGUACAUUCUAUCGUCGAUCGGCCACCAACCGAUCACGCGCCUUUGCAUAUCACCCAUCACGAAGAAAGCUGUUCCCAGCUCGCAUGUUUUGCCGCAGCUCUGGUAGAUGGUAUGAUUACCUCUAAACGUUCGCACCAUAGAUCCUGUCCAACACACCUCCUGCAGCGCUACGAUGCCGAAUCCGCGGUCUUUCAAUAGAUCGGCGAGUUUGCGGGUGCUCCCAAUGAAGUUGAGAGAUCGGCAGUUCCACGUACCGAGUUUCCAAUCGCAAGUCCUUUUUCUUCGUUGGGGUCGUUGCCGUUGGUCUCGGUUCGUAUGUUGUAUUCUGUUGCUGAUUUUCCGUUACAAUGGUUUUUUACGGCUGGCUCGUAGGGCCUGACACCAACCCUCUACUUUCCGAGGACCAUAGUGCACAGUUGAGCUUAGAGUCCUUCCCUGGCACUCAGACGUAGAUCAGCCGCCCCUAACAUGAG